AAGAUAUGAUGCUCAAGCCGAGCGGGUGUGUUUUAAGCCGCCAUGGGUAGCUUGCGUCGUCGUCCCGCGCCAAUGGCUGUCCUGCUGAGUGACUCACUGAUUUGGUACCCAAGUCACCCGCUGCCGAACCCACGCUGUCGCCGCCGCGGUGGCAGCGACUGGCCACUGGCCAAGUGCGCCCGGAAGGCUGGCUGCGAAAGCAGAUGCAGCUACAAGCAGAGGCCUUGACUUCCCAUCUUCCGCUCUUUUGGCCGAACAUCGCCAACACCUCCUGGCUGGGUGGGAACUCGGAUGUUGACGGGGGACUUCACGAGAACACACCCUACUGGCUGAACGGCGCGGUGCCUCUUGCCCUGCAAUUGCAGGAUACCAAUUUGCUGGCCCUGGUGGAGAGCUACAUGAACGGCAUCAUCACCCGGCAAGGGAAGGAUGGUUGGCUUGGCCCAGACACGGACCGCUCCGACAUUUGGUCGCGGAUUCCCUUCAUGAUGGCGCUGGCGCAGUAUCAUGAGUCCUUGCCUCAGGGCGCCGGGCGUCUUCGCUGCGAGUCGGUGGCCUAUCGCUUCUUCGACGCGCUGACCCGUCGCUUGGACGAGGGCGUGACGCUGCAGACCUGGUCCUCCAUGCGGAUACACGACCUGAUAUGGUCGGUGCAUUACUUUGUGGACGCGCUGCCGCCAGGAUCUCACCUAGCAAAGUGGAUGCUGGACUUAGCUGCGCGGCUUCACCGUGAAGGCUUCAACUGGAACGAGGGUUGGUUCAACUCAUCCUCCUUCGCCACGCGCCCGGUCUUGGAUCCCGCCACGAUGGAAACCCACGGCGUGAACAACGCCCAAGCCGUGAAGCGCGGGGCGGUUUGGGCGCGUCAGAGCGGCGACUUCGCCCUGGGCUUCGCGGAGAGUUGGCUCGCCUGGAGCCAGCUGCGGCGCUUCCACGGCCAACCGAGCGGCGCCUUCAGCGCCGACGAGCACCUUGGGGGCCGCUUGCCCUCGCGGGGCACGGAGCUUUGCACGGUGGUGGAGUCCAUGUGGUCGCUGCUCUUGACGGCCCAGAUGGCCCCCACCGACCAGGAGGCGUUGAAGGCUCUGGAUGCGGUGGAGGCGCUGGCAUUCAAUGCUUUGCCAGGCAGCUUGAGCGAUGACCUGUGGUCACAUCCCUACCUGCAGAUGGCCAACUCCUACCAGGCGCUCUUUGGGGAAGACGUCCAUGUUUGGGUCCAUGAUGGGCCAAACGCCGCCAUGUACGGCUUGGAGCCCAACUACCCUUGCUGCACCUCGAACUUCCACCAGGGCUACCCCAAAUUCGCCAGCAGCCUUUUCUUCGAGGAGGAGGAGAAUCGGCUGAUCUCGGCCAUUUGGGCGCCAAGCAAAGUGCGCAGCAGCGUAGCGGAGGUGGAGCUGCGUACAGAGUAUCCCUUCGACACCUCGCUGGAGUAUUGGGUCCAGAACGCCGAGCCCUUCGUGCUGAAGGUCCGGCUGCCGCUCUUCCUGCGCGAGGCACCUGAAUCGCUGCGGGUGUGGCUGCAUGAGGACGUGGUGCAGAGUGCGGCGGAUGGUUUCCUUCUCUUCCACAUCUCAGCUGCUUCCACAAAGUCACGCCUCGCCGCCCGGCUCUCCUGGGCCGCCAAAGCCCGCGUGCAGUCCUCGCCGCAGCAGGGAGCAUCAGUGUACGUGGGCCCCUUGCUCAUGGCGCUGGACCUGAAGGAGACCAGGACCAAGAGAGAUCAGCUGGCGUUUUCUGCAGCCAACUGGGACACAAGAGCCUCGUUGCCGUGGCAGAUGGCGCUUCCUCGCCAGCCGCAGCUGGACCCUGUGGUCUGGUCCUCCAUUGGCCCUCGGCCCUUCCAACGGGGCCGCUGCCCUCUGUCAGUCAGCGCUCGCCUGGCGCCGCUGACCAUAGAGCAGUGGCCGGUGCUGUCGAACGCCCCGGGGCCCGUGCUGCCGGUGGAGGAAGACCUGUUGGAGGUGGAGCGGACACUGGUGCCCUAUGCGUGCACUUCCAUCCGGAUCUCUGCGUUUCCAGUGGCGCAGCCGAACACUCUGCUCGCCUGAGACGGGACCUAGCCACAAAGACGGUCGAUCUAGUCUUCCAUUUGCUCAAGCUUAUUCUCUC